CUUAGAGCAGCUCUGGGCCGUUCCUCGCCGCGCCGUCCCGUGCCGAUGCCGAUGCAGUGGAUGCAGUUGCAACCAAGACUGUGUCCCGGCGUAUUAGACUUAUUUUUUCUUAUCUGUUGCGCAAAGAUUUUUAGAAUUAGAAUCGGACGACAUGACAGCUUUCGAGGAAAUGGGCGUUUUGCCUGAAAUUGGCAAAGCUGUAGAGGAGAUGGAUUGGAUGUUGCCAACUGAUGUUCAAUCAGAAGCCAUACCAUUAAUUCUUGGUGGUGGUGAUGUUCUAAUGGCUGCAGAAACUGGUAGUGGAAAGACAGGUGCUUUUUGCCUGCCCAUCAUCCAAAUUACUUGGGAAGCUCUUAAAGAUAUAGAAAGUGGUAAAUGCGGAAAAGGUGGUGGGGGUGCUGCAGCUUCUGCCUUGUCUACCCCCUGGACUUUGAGUUUUUGGGACCGUGAUUCAUCAAUGGCAGUUACACCUGAUGGACUUCGCUGUCAAUCUCGCGCUCCCAACUGGCAGGGCUGUAGGGCCAUCAAAGCUGUUCAGGGCUCUGGAAAAUACUAUUUCGAGUCAACUGUAACUGAUGAAGGAUUGUGUAGAGUUGGCUGGAGCACUGGACAGGCUGUACUUGAUCUUGGAACAGACUCAUGGGGCUAUGGGUUUGGUGGAACAGGCAAAAAAUCCAACAGCAAAAAUUUUGACUCAUAUGGAGAAUCUUUUGGAAUCAAUGAUACGAUUGGUUGUUAUUUAGAUUUAGACAGCGGUGAAAUUUCUUUCAGUAAAAAUGAGAAGCAUCUAGGCAAAGCCUUUGUCCUAUCAGACAACAUGAAGAAUAAAGCUUUCCAUCCUGCUGUUGUUUUAAAGAAUGCUGAAAUGGCUUUCAAUUUUGGUGCUACUCCUUUCAAAUUUCCACCACAAGGAGGUUUUAUUGCUUUAAGCCAAGCAUCCAAAGAUUGCAUACGAAAUCCUGAUGCUGCUCCCGUGAAAGUUGUUAAGGAUGCUCCUCAAGCCAUCAUUAUUGAGCCAUCAAAAGAAUUAGCAGAUCAGACCUUCAGCCAAUUAAACUUGUUUAUGAAGUUUCUGGACAAACCAAAAGUGCGCGCUGCUCUUGUGACUGGCGGAGUCAGUGUUAAUGAAAAUAUUGCUUCUUUGACUAAAGGAGUGGACAUUGUUGUGGGAACACCAGGACGAAUGGAGUCUCUGAUAUCUUCGGGAAAUUUAAUCUUGAAAGCUUGUCGUUUUUUUGUACUUGAUGAAGCAGAUGGUCUACUUAAGCAAGGCUAUAGUGGUCUUAUUGAUAGUCUUCACAGACAAAUCCCUAAAGUCACUGCUGAUGGCAAUAGACUUCAAAUGAUUGUCUGUUCAGCUACACUUCAUGACUUUGAUGUCAAAAAAAUGGCUGACCGUCUAAUGCAUUUUCCAACAUGGGUUGACUUGAAAGGAGAAGAUGCUGUACCGGACACUGUCCAUCAUGUUGUUGUUAAUGUUGACCCUCAGAAGGACCGCUCAUGGGAAACAUUAAGGAAGCAUAUUAUGACUGAUGAUGUUCAUGUGAGAGACAAUGUCCGUCCUGGCAACAACACAGCAGAAACCCUCUCUGAAGCAGUAAAAAUGUUAAAAGGAGAAUAUUGUAUUCGAGCCAUUAAUGAACAUAAAAUGGAUAAGGCUCUUAUAUUUUGCCGAACAAAAUUAGAUUGUGAUAAUCUUGAAAAAUAUUUCAAUCAGUUGGGUGGUGGGCCAAGGAACCCCUCAAACCCCUAUUCUUGUGUGUGUCUACAUGGAGAUAGGAAGCCUCAAGAGCGUAAGGAAAAUUUAGACCAGUUUAAACAAGGAAGAGUGAAAUUUCUCAUUUGCACUGAUGUUGCUGCUCGUGGCAUUGACAUUAGUGGAUUGCCAUUCAUGAUUAAUGUAACUCUUCCUGAUGAAAAGUCAAAUUAUGUUCACCGCAUUGGCCGUGUUGGAAGAGCUGAGCGAAUGGGCCUAGCAAUUUCUCUUGUUUCUUCUUUACCUGAAAAGGUUUGGUUCCAUGGCGAAUGGUGUCCAUCAAGAGGACGCAAUUGUUCUAAUACCCGUUUAACCUCUGAAGGAGGAUGCUGUAUUUGGUACAAUGAACCUCAGUAUUUGGCUGAUAUAGAGGAACAUCUUGGUGUAACGAUUCAGCAAGUUGGACCUGAUGUUAAGGUGCCUGUUGAUCAAUUUGACGGCAAAGUUGUGUAUGGUCAAAAGCGACUUAAUAAAGGAAGUUCUUAUGAAAAUCAUGUGUCUCAAAUGGCUCCGGCUGUUCAAGAUUUGGCUCAACUUGAAAGCAAAGCACAAUUACUUUAUCUCAAGAGGCAUUAUUCUAAGGCUUUCGCUUAAGAGAUGAGCUUGACUGGAUUGGUAUUGUACUUUUCUCGUCUUACCCUAUGUUUUCACCUCAAGAUCCACUUGAUUGCAUAUUUUAUUGGCAAUUUUGUUGGUUCUUGUCAUUUUUCUUUUGCAUUUAUAUAAAUGUUGUGGUGAAGUAUUGGUUGACUCUCGUUGUUUUUCUUUGGAUAUACCAUUCAAUGAGGUCUGUAAAUAGUUUUUUUCUUUAUUUAUUUUUACUAACUAUUCUGUAUAACCUAGUCUCUGUUAGUUUGACAAAAAAAUAUAUAUUGUUCGUAUA